GAAAACGAUAUCAGCACUUCUACUCGCAGGAGCAACUCUAGCACUAGCACAUGGAGAACCAGACCUGAAGCACGAGCACUUAGGCGACCUCUUCCUGAAACCGCACGGAAAUCAUAGAUGCGAGGAAGGAGUUCCGCAUUUCGAGAAUUCUACCGGCACGACGGAAAAAUUCGGGGGAGAGAGUCUGUAUAUCACAGGGCGUCGCGAGCACGAUCAGAUGCAGGAUGCGGCGAUUCUAUACUUGACGGAUAUUUUCGGGAACGGGUUGCUAAACAAUAGACUAUUGGCAGAUCGUCUCGCCCAGUCCGGAUACCUCGUCGUCAUGCCAGAUCUCUUCCGUGGGGACGCCGUCCCAGCAGAAGCCCUGUCCGAUCCGAACUCCACCUUUGACCUCACGGCCUGGAGAUCUCGACAUCCGCAAUCGCAAAUCGAAGGAAUCAUCGAGUCGGCGAUCAACACGGUUCGGAAAGAUUUCAAAAUCUCGAGGGUUGCGGGCACGGGGUACUGUUUCGGGGGGAAAUAUGUUGCGAGAUUUUUGGCGGAGGGGCGUGGGCUUGAUGCGGGUUUCACGGCGCAUCCUUCUGCUACUACGGAGGAGGAGUGGGGGGCGGUGGCGGGUCCGAUUAGUAUUGCGUUCGGAGCGCUUGAUGAUGCGAAUACGGCUGAGAAUAGGAGUAAGAUUGAGUCGAUUUUUCGGAGUGAGAAUAAGACGUAUCAGACGUCGUUGUAUGCGGAUGCCGAGCAUGGAUUUGCUGUGAGGACGAAUUUGACGGAUAAGAAGAAGGCUUUUGCGCAGGAAAGUGCUUACUUCCAAGCGGUGAGAUGGUUCGAUACUUGGGUCAAGGACGAGAUAUAGCGGUGUGCUCUUCCGCUUUUCAUAGACCGGACCUAGUUAGUCGGUUCGGAACUUGUCAAAGCUUUCUGCAGUCUCUCCC